GUUUGGCCCCACCCUCCACCUCGCUGGAAUCCUGGGCCGGGCGGCCAGGGUAGAGCCCGGCAGUGGCUGGGAACAGCUGCUUUGGGGGCGGAAAGUCGCGUGAGGCUUCUUGGUCCUGUGGGUGGAGACGAAAAGCUGCGGUUAAGGAGGGUCGGAUGUAACCGUCACAGGGAAGUGCGCUCAAACCGGAUCGCGGAGUGGGCUGAGAUAGUGAAUUCCUAAGAAGAAAAUAAUGGAUUUCAUAUUAGUUGUUCUCUAAGUGUUUGGACUCAGCAUUGUGAGGUUUAUUGCAAAGUCUAAAAGAAGAUGGCAACUCCUUAUGUCCCAGUUCCUAUGCCCAUAGGGAACUCUGCUUCCAGUUUUACAGCCAACAGAAACCAAAGAAGUUCUUCUUUUGGGAGUAUCUCAACAAGCUCAAACUCUUCCAAAGGCCAGUUAGAGGACUCAAAUAUGGGUAAUUCUAAACAGACAAGUGUACCCGAUCAAAUGGAUAGUACUUCAUCUGUCUGUAGCAGUCCCCUCAUUAGGACUAAAUUUACACGUGCAGAUUCUUCCAUUGAGUAUUCUGCUAGACCAAGAGAAAGUGAAGAACAAAAUCCUGAAACAGUAUAUUUGGAAGAUAGACCUUCUACACCUACUAUACUGGGUUAUGAAGUGAUGGAAGAAAGAGCUAAAUUUACUGUAUAUAAAAUACUAGUUAAGAAGACCCCAGAAGAAAGUUGGGUAGUUUUCAGAAGGUAUACUGACUUCUCUAGACUUAAUGAUAAAUUAAAAGAGAUGUUUCCAGGCUUUCGAUUAGCACUUCCACCGAAACGCUGGUUCAAAGAUAAUUAUAAUGCUGACUUUUUAGAAGAUAGACAACUAGGAUUACAAGCAUUUCUUCAGAAUUUAGUGGCUCACAAAGACAUUGCUAACUGCCUUGCAGUGAGAGAAUUUCUUUGUCUGGAUGAUCCACCAGGUCCAUUUGAUAGCCUAGAAGAAAGCAGGGCUUUCUGUGAAACUUUAGAAGAGACAAACUACCGUUUUCAAAAAGAACUACUCGAAAAACAAAAAGAGGUGGAAUCACUGAAGAAACUGCUGCAUGAAAAGCAACUUCAUAUAGAAACUCUAGAGAGCAGAAUCAGAACAUUGUCUUUAGAACCUGAAGAGUCAUUGCACGCAUCAGAAACAGAAGGUGGACACAUCCCAAAGGUGGAGUCCUCCUCACUUGAGGUUGAUCAAGAUGUUUUGCAUGAGGAAUCUAGAACUGAUGAUAAGCCAUGCUUAAGUUUUAAUGAACCUGAAAAUUCUGUAUCAGACAUAGAAGUUGCAGAAGUGGCAUACAAUGCUGAAGAAGACUAAUACAUGACAAGCAGUUCCUUCCAUGUGUAUGUUUCAGCAAAUUUAGAAUAGAAUGGCAAAUACUUAAAAAGAAAAAAGAGUGAAGCAUUUACAGAAAACAGAAAGAUUGCACAUGUAAAAGUUUACAUAAAGAAAAGUUUUUUAAGUUAUUGGGAUAAGGAAUGUAUUCACUGCUGCUUUAAAUUGUCUUUUAUCCAACCUUUGUAUUUAAUACACUAAAAAAAAAAUUAAGUUUGAGUUCUGUUAUCAAGACUCAAUUCUUAAAUAAUGUGCAUAAAUUAUUUUGGUAUUUUGCCAAUAUGUUGCUCCAAAGUAAUGUGUGUGUGCAUACUCUUGUGUGUAUGUGUGUGUGUUUGAGUUUGUGUUUAAAAUGCCAAUUUUAUCAGUUAAAUGGACAUUAAAUGCAUGUUACUAUCUGGUUGAUAUAUACUUCUUUGUAUCUAUGACAUGAUAUAUUUUCAUUAGUCGUUUAAAUCAGUGGUAAAGAUGAAUUAAGUUUUAAAUAUCGAUACAUUUACCAUCUGUAAAUAAAAAUUGCCUGUUUGCAAUGUUACUGCUAUUUAAAAAGAAGAAAACUUUCUAAUACCAAAGGAAAACUAUUUGAAAGAGCUAUAAUAACAUAAAAUAACAUAGCUAAAGUGAUAAAAUAGCCUUGAUUUUAAAAGCUGAUACAUUAUCAGAGUACUAUAAUAAGUAUCCUAGUUUAUUAUAAUAUGUUGUACUUGUUUAUUUUCCACAUAAUCUUUAUCUUAAAUCUCUACCUAUAGAAUCAGUGAGUUUUCCUCUUUCAGAAUAC